UUUGUUAAGGUGCCGAAACGAGCGAAAUGAAAGUUGUGCUCUUUUUUACCGUUGCUUGUGCUUAACGCGUUGUUGUUAUAAUUGUGUUUGCAGGAGUGUCAAAAACUGACGAAUAUCGAAACUAAAAGCAACAAAAUAUAAUACAAAUUUCGAUCAAUCAAAUCAAAUUUUAAUGAAAUCAAAUCAAAAAACAUUCAACAGUUUUAGCUCGCGUACUGAACUUUUAAUAUAUUGACUUGUAUCUAUAUAUAUAGUGAUAUCAUUCAUGAUCAUCAUCAACAUAACACUAAUCAUGUCUAUCUGAGCGGCUUCCAUUUCGCAUUUCCAAGACGUUUAAUUCAGGUGGUAUUUCUUCAAUUUACCUGCGCAGCUAAGCUGAGAACUUAAACAGCGAAAAGCGAAAAGCGACAAGUGAAAAGGCGAAAAACUAUCGAAACAGUCUCAAAAGAAACAAGAAAAUAGACCGAAAACGCAAUUGAAAAAUGGACACGAAAUUGGCGCAGGGUCAGUUUCCGGCCACGUUCCCGGAGACAUUCAAGAAUUUCUUCGAGAUGAUGAACGAGGACGAGGAUCACGUUGAGCUCUUUGCCAACCUGCUGGAGGAUAAGGUGAUACCGCGCAGGAGCCCAAUGCAUGCCCAGCGGCAGCGUUGCGGCGGGAGCCUGCGCAGCCAUCUCAACCGGCGUGCUGGGCAUGAGCACAUCCAGGCUCAGAUCCAUGCGCAGAGCCAAGGUCGAGCGCAAGUCAUACCUCCCACCCAGGAUCAGAUCCAGGAGCAGAUGGCGAACCGCUCUCGCUCCCGCUCCCAGCAGAUCCGCUACUCGUGGCAGCAGCCCGCUGCUGCGCAGCAUCCGCAUCCGCAUCCGGUGGUCCGCGCGGCCCCACGGAGCCGCAGUGGCAGCAGCGGCGACAUGAGCCGGUCCAUGGGCGUGGAUCAGGAGCUCGCCGCGAGCUCGGGCUACGCCCUAGGCCCACGAAGUCGCAGCCGCGGAAUGCGGCGCAGGAGCGUGUCGGGCGUCGACGAUCUGGGCGACUAUGGCGGCGUGCUGAGCCACUGCUCCAGCACUGGCAGCAGCGUCGACAGCCUUGUCCACAGCCACAGCCAGCUGAUGACGCGCAGCCCGAAGCACUCGACGUUGACCAGCCUCAACGUCAGCAAUCGCGUGCCAAGACCCAACUCGGCCAAGAUGCCGACCGAUAGUCAGCAGCUGCCGUCGGCCGCUCCUGCUUUCCAGCAUCAGCAGCAGCAGCAGCAGCUGGACCAGGAUCAUCUGCAGCGCCACCAGCAGACGCGCGACCUGCAAAUGGAGUUGCACCAGCUGCGACUUGGACCCGACGGCGAGGACAACAGUGCCGGGCGUGCGCCCCAGAAUUAUGCGAUGCCCCGCCUCCUGGCGGACAGCCCGAGGCACUCGCAGCCAAGGCACUCGGUCAUACUGGAGCGAUCAUACGACUUUGAUGCCAGCUUUGACGGCAGCGAUGGAACCGUGCCCUCACCAGCCCCCCAGCAGCUGGCCUACAAUGUGCUCCGGCCGAUACUGAAGUCGCAGCAGCACCAGACCCAGCAGCAGCAGCAACAAGAGCAGCAGAAGCUGCAGCACUUGCAGCAGUUGCAGAAUCAGCAACAACAGCUGCAGCAGCAACAGCAACAACAGCAGCAGCAGCAGCAACAGCAGCAACAGCAACAGUUGCCUCCGCUAUCCCAGCAGCCGAGCACAUCGGCCCAGGCCCAUUUGCACCGCAUAUUGCCGAUACCGCCCGUGGCACAGAGUAGCUACCAGCGCAUGCAGCACAGCCGCGGCAACUUGCAGGGCGCAGUGCAGCGCAACGCGAGCGCCGGCAGCUCGACAGCUGGCUACAGCUACAGCAUGCAGGCCCAGCAGUCGCAGCAAUAUGAGCUGGCCGAGCAGCCGGAGCAGCAGCAGUACUAUGCGGGCUACAGCCGGGCGUACGGCUCGCAGGGGCUGCACGGCGAAGGCCAUUGGCGCGACGAGGAGCCGACCUCCUCGGCUGCAAUGGCGGCGGACUCAAUGCACAGCACCUACCAGGAUUUUCUGCAGGCGGCUCCGGAUCCAGGACCGGGAGCGGGGCCGCCCAGCAUGAGAAUGCAGAGGUCACCAAAUAUGAAUAGACGCAGAAGCUCCUCGAUUGCAACUGGCGUGCUGCACGGCGAUCAUGGCUACGGCUAUGCCAACGACAACAAAAGUUUCGCCGCCGAGCAACAACAACAGCAGCAGCAGCAGCCAGAAGAGGAGCACGUGGAGGAGGUGGAGGAGUUGUUUGCGUUCCCCAACAACAGCAACAGGGAGCGGAUGGCGCUGGCCAAGUCCCCGCUUGGUCGGGCCAUCGAGAGCGGCGUGCUGACCUUCCAUCAGGCGAUGAGCGGUGCGGUGUCGCCCCAGUACGCCGGAGUAGUCACAGGAGUCGGAGCAGGAGCUGGAGUGGGCUCGGGUGCCAGCAGUCAGUUGCCAGUGAACGAGCUGGACAAGUGCCGCCUCGGCUCCAGCUCAGCCUUGGCGGCUGUGGCCGAGCACACAGCGGAGACAGCGGAGACAGCGGAGACAGCAGCAGCAGCAACGUCGUCUGGCGGCGCCAACGCCACCAGCUCGACCACGGCCGGUUCCAGUGACGAGGUUCAGUCGCCCGUCGCCAACAGCAGGGCGCUGCAGCAGCAGUAUCACUCGGUCAACAGCAAUCAGCAGCGCGAGCGGGGCGUGGGCGAGUCAGCGGCCAGCGUGGCCUAUGGUAGCUCGGCUACCAUAGCCGUGGCCGUGCACAUGUCGGAGCGGCAACGUCUACGGACGUCCAGCAUGCCGGCAGAGAGUCGCAAGCCUCGCCUGGCGGACACGCGUCGCUCGGCGAUUCACUGUGGCGCGGAUGUCGAAAUGGAUUAUUAUCGCUUGCGCAGCUUCAGCAUUACAUCGCAUGGCGUUUGCAAUCUGGGCGAUUCAUUACGCAGCCGCAGGUCACGUUCCAUCAAUUCUGUGACAUCCAAUGGCACCUCGAACAGCGGCAAGGAUCGACACAAUAGCAAUGCGUCGGCCGACAUCCCGGAGGCAGAGGCGAGCAACAUCCAGCCGCACUCGCAGAGGCCCAACGGGGAGCAGGUUCCGGCGUACAAAAUCGCCAUGCUGGGCGGAUCCGGAGUGGGCAAGACAACGCUGACAUAUCAGUUCACCACGUCGGACUACAUCUGCGCCUACGAUCUGAGCCUGGAUGAUGACUAUGGACAGAAAACGGUCUCCGUGCUGGUCGACGACAUUGAAACGGACUUGGAAAUUAUUGAUCAUCCGGCCUGCGAGAUGUCGACCGAGGCGUUCUGUGCCACGUACAACAUUGACCUGUUCGUUGUGGUCUACUCCGUGGUAGACCGUGGCACCUUCAAGGCAGCCGAGAAGGUCCUGACCUACCUCAAGGAGAACGACAUGCUGCUCACGCGCGGCGCCAUCCUGGUGGCCAACAAAACGGAUCUGGAGCGGCAUCGCGAGGUGUCGCGCCAAGUUGGGCGCAAGCUGGCCAAGGAGAUCGCGUGCAAGUUCAUCGAGACGUCGUCGGGCCUCGACCACAACGUGGACGAGCUGCUGGUGGGCAUUGUCGCCCAGGUCAAGCUGAAUCCGCAGCGCCUCUCGCUGCUGAGCGAGUACGACCUGCAGCGCCUGAACUUGCAGACGACGAUACAGAAGCAUCGGCGCAUGCAUCUGCCGGCCAGGCGGAUGGUGCGCCAAAUGAGCAUCUUCAAGAUGGAGGACGGCGAGGAGAAGGACGAGGAUGACGGCGACGGCGACGGCGGCAACGACAACAACAAGGAGAACGUGAACGAGGACCAACAAAAGUCCCUGGAGGCAGUGAAGCGCGCCGCCAAUCGACGCACCCUCAACCUCGAGUGCAUUCUGAAGAUGGGCGAGAGCGAGCUGGAGGAGGAGGAGAGCAACAGGCAAAUGAGCAAAUUCGAGCAGCUGGCCGCCAGCAUGCGUCAGCGGCGCGCCCAGGACGAGCUGCAGCAGCAGCAGGCGGCCGACAGCAAUGACAGCAAGCCAUCGACGUCUGCGGCAGCUGCUGCGGCGGCGGCUGCUGCCAGGCGCGAUUCGAAUGCCAAGGGCGAGCUCGAGUCCGCCGCCUGCAACCGGAGAGUCGUGAACAAGCUAACCAAAGUGUUUCUCUCAUCGGUGCUGCGCUUCAGGACAAACAUGAAGCGACGCAACUCAUCGAGCUGCACCAACUUGUUCGUCAUCUAAGCGGGCGCGGGAGAGCUUUCGCGCGUGUGUGUGUGGGCGUGCGUGGGUGUGCGGCUGUGGAUGGGUGUGCGUGUGUGCGUCUAGCUAUAUUGUUUAUAAGCGAGGCUAUAGACUGAGACUGAUUGACUGACUUGGAUUGGAGCGCAGCUAACGGGAGGAAUGCUCGGGGUAGAAACAACGAAGAGUACAGUAAACAAAAACAAUUAUCAAAAGGGUAUGCAUGUAUGCAUGCAUACCUAUGCGGCAUGUGAAUAAUCACUGAAACCAGAAGCAUAAGAUCAAAAGCAGAACGAUUACAGCUCGAUAAUGGAUCGAUAACAGAUCGAUAACAAUGAUUUGAUUGGAAAACUUUCUGAAUUUAAGUCAAUUUAAGACUAGCUGCUCUUGCAACAUUUCAACCAAGAAUUUCGCAUAAAGUGACAAUCGAUAACGAUAUCGAUAGACCUAAGAUCUGCUCUCUUGUUCCUAGCCAGCUGUCAGCGACCAUGGACAAUAAUUUAUGCAUUGAAUACAAAGCUCAAAAAAAAAAAAAAAAAAAAAAAAAAAACAAUUUUAUCGAUAAGCAAACAUUUCGAAAAGAAAACAAAGAAAACAGUUUACCAAACACUAAAUUCCAACAGUCUGGUAACGAGCUCCACAACUGCAAAAAUUUGCUUAUAGGGUAUUUACGGUGAUUGGCCCUCAGCCCAGAUUGAUUUGAGUAUAUGAUUCGCUUUUCAUAAGACUAAAUUGUAAGUGUAAAUCUCACAUAGAGAUUUUUUUUAGCUUGUAGACAUGGUCAAUGGACAAAAUACCGCCAAGCAGAUGGACAGACGGACAGCACUUUAUCCGUUCAGCUCGGGUAUAUUUGAAAAUUUCCUCUUUAAGAACUUUCACAAUUUCAGACAAUUCAAUGAAAAGCGAAGAGUAAAGCUAACAGCAAGGCAAAUAAAAGCAAAUGGAGAGCUGAGCUGAGCCGGAAUACCCUGUACGCAGUUCUGGUAGAGCAUGCCAGGCUAAUGGGCUGACAGCUUGCAAUGGAGUUGAGAGAAGGGAUUAUGUUGAUUUCGGUUACAUUUUAUGAUUUUCCAAGACAUUCUGGCUGAAUGACCCAACCCGAAAAUAGUUGAACCAAAAAACAUAAUUUAAAAAAAAAAAAAAACGUCAUAUAAAUGUAAGAUUACAGGAAUCUUCAAUUAUCUAUGUUAAAAGUUAAUUCAUAUAUGUAUUUUCAAUAUUUCUCUAUGUGUUGUGCUUAGAAAAAAAUAACAAGAAAAUCAAAAAAUUUUAAAAAGUAAAGCGAACGAACUUAAAAAACAAACUCCACUGGAGAAAGCCACCCUACACCCCACAAAUACACAGAGACUACAAAAAAACCAAUGAGAAUAUGAAAUACAUUAGGAAUGGGGGAAGGCCUAAGCAGUACCCCAAAAUAGACAACUAAGCUACCACAAGUACUACCAAAACGGUGAAAAGAAAGGGGAAAAGCAAAAAUUACUCUUGAAUCAUAUUAAAUAGAUCUACGCGUUGAAUAUCACAUAAGUAACACAAGUAACUACAAACAACAUUCAUCAAAGAGAGACGAACGAUCCGAGGGUAACUCAAGGGGCAGUUGAGGAGCGAGACGGGAUAUUUAGUUGAGAUUUUAAGUAUGUAUGAUUCACUUUUUCUUGUCAAGAUUACAGCGAGACCCCUUGCUCAAUUCCUUCCUUAUUUUGUUAACUCAUCUUUUUUUAUCCUAUCUUAUCCGUCCCUCUCAUAUCAUUCUAGUCCCAACCUGCCUUACCUAUAUUUACGUACUCGAUUUAAUCCUGAAUCAUUUCAUACUGCUUGUAUUCUUGGCUUAUCCCUAAUCCACCUCAUCCUAACUUAUCUUAACUCCUUUUUCUGUUAUCCAAGGUGAGGUAGAGGAAUAUAGGAAUAUAGCUGAGCUAUAAAGAGUUACCGUUAGAGAUGCUAAUAUACAUACAAACAUGUAUAUAUAUACAUAUAUAUAUAUAUAUAUAUGAUCAACCGACCGAUUAACACUUCAGAAACCGUAGAAAGCUGCGAAGCUGAAGAACGAAAGAGUAGAGGAAAAGGAACCUACGAAUUGCAUAUAAACAAUCCCAAUUCACGCUUCAUCAGUUACUGAACGCUGGAGAACUGGAGUACUAGAGAUUCUCGGCUCUAUGUAAUACCUGGUAUUGCUGGGGAAAGCGAGAAGGCGAUAAUUUUAGACAGUGAAUAGGUGCGAGCUUCUGAAGUUAAUUAGAGGUGACAAAGUCAUCUCGAGGCAUACAUCAGAAGCUGUUACUUAUUAGGGCAAGGAGUGGCUCAACUAAAGAGCGCGGGCGCGCGUGAGUGCGGAAGAGAGCGAGGAGGAGAUGGGAGAGGCAUCAAUCAUCUAGCAUUCCAUAGCCUGCUCUAAAGGCAUUCACACCGGGUAUCAAGGGAGAGGAGAGAGGAGGAGGAGAGGAAGAAAGAGAGAGCUGUUCGAGCAAGUCGCAUACACACAACCACGACGAAACACACACGGGCACACCAAAAUCAAUGAUAGAUGACACGGAAAUGAACUAGUCGAGUGAGCUAGUUCAAAAGAAAAAAAUCAACAACACAACGAAGCAAGCGAAGCGCUUGAAACAGAUCGAGAGAGGACAUAAAGGACUUUUGAGUAGACUAAUGCAGUUGCAUCACACGGUACACGCACACACACAUCAACACACACACACACACAUACAUACACACCAAUAAUAACAUAUCUAGUAGCAUAUCAAGACCCAUACACGCUUUGCUUUGAACAGGGUAUCUACAGGGCAUCUGAGGACCAUGAAGUCAGCAGGUGUCUAGACUAUAGGCAGCUAAACAUACCUGUACACACAGACACAUACACUCACCCACACCCAUACACACUCACAACUACACAUAUACAUACCUCUGCACAGACCCGCUUAACUACAAUUUCUAUUAUUUUUAUACAAAAAUUGAAGACAAAACCGAAACAAAAAAAAGAGACUGAUUACAAAUAUUCCCAUUCCAACUAUUCUUAGAACACCUAGAGCUCUGACCAAAUUUUCGUUUUGUCAAUUUUUUUGGUAUUACAUUUUGACUAAGAAUUUUCCCACGAAUUUCCAUAUGCAAAAGCGUAGUGCAUGAUAGAGAAAUAUAUAUGUAUUUAUAUAAGACGAAGAUAGAAAUAUUUAUAUGUAUAUUUGAGCCAAGCGAAAGCACAGGAUCAUAUAUAUAUAUAUAUAUACAUAUAUAUAUAAAUUCAUUCAUAAAUAGAUAUAUACGGGAUUUAUUCGCUUCACAUCUACAUGUAGGUAAGACUUAAGAUCGAAACUAUAUAUCAUUUCUUAUUAGUUCUAGGUUGAAUUUGGAAUAGAUUCAUUUUGUGUUGUAUGUAUGUAUAUCGAUAGUUAUUUUCGUUUUAAAACAAAACUUUGAUUUAGGAACUUCACAAACAAACAAAUUUGACGCAAAUGAAAACAAAUUUGAUUCGAUAUACGUACCUUUGGAUACCAGAUUUUGUAAAAAUAUACAACAAUAUUUAGAAAACUUUUUAUAGAUACGUAAGACUGUAUACAAGUUAUAUUGCUUGAAGCUGUGCAUUGAAUAUCUCCCAUCCCAAGUGGAGGCUGCGAGACCUGUACAAAGUUUCAAAGUCGACCAACACCGACUGCUCAAUGCUCGUUCAAAUUAAAAGUGAACAAGUUCAAAAUGAUUUACAAGCUAUAUAUAUAUAUCGAUAUAUCAGAGUCAAUCUACACGUUCCAUCCAAAAGAAGCUUUUUGUCACAGGGCCAGCCCACUGGGGACGGUUCAACGUUUUGGGAUAAACAUUAGCCAAACGACAAAGAGAUCGUCGCGCAAUUUAAUAUACAGACCGAUAAGCAUAUCGAUAGAUCGAUAUACAUAUAGAUAAACAGAUCGGCUGCUGUUGGAUUUAUCGACAAAUCGAUUUCUUAGUCUGUAUACACUGAUUUAAGAUGCACCAACGACCAAUAUACACUUAUAUACAAGGACUUACUCCAAAAACUAAGUGUUUUAUCUCUUUAUAUAACAUUUUAUUUGAUCUGAGUAUUAUCCCCUCUAUGCCACUAUUCAAAAACACAGAUACAUAUAUCUGAGUACCACAUUAUCUCCAUAUACUAUAUAUAUAUACAUAUAAAUACACACGAAAUAUACAUGAACAUAUAUAUACAAAUAUAUAUUCCAUAUAUAUGCACAAUAUAUGAAUAACCAACAUAUAGAGAGAGUAGAACGAUUGCAGAUUUUUUUUAAAUAUUUUUGUAUGGCACAAAGAUUCCAUUCAGAAAUAAUGCCCGCAAGACCAGAUGCAUACAUAUGUAUAUACAUCUAUACACAUGCAUAUAUGUGUGCAUUUUGGAGCUAGUGAAUUGUAUGUUAGGCCAUUGCAAAGGGAUGCCGCCCCGACUGGGGAUCGGGCAAUCCACCCAGCUGGAAGUACCGCUCAUUCAAUCCAAUUGAAUGCCAAGUUUGCAAUUUUCAACUAAAUACAAAUUACAAGUAUAUAAUCCGUAUUUUAAUCCGUAUUUAAUCGUUUUAAAAGUUCUUAUUAAAUGUUAGCGAAAGCUAAAUAAAACAUCA